AUGGCUGAUCUUUACGAUGUGAUGACGGUCAAAAUCCCAAAGAACGCCACUAUCCCAACCAUGAAGUUCGAGUCACGCUUAACCACCGUGGUUGACAACCAGCCCAACCUCAAAAUUGCGGUUUACCAAGGCGAAAGAAGAAAGGCAAGUGCCAAUCAACUUCUUGGCACCCUAAUGUUCGAGGGUAUCCCACCGGCUCCCAAGGGUGCUAAGGUCACGACUUCCUUCGACAUCGACACCAUGGGAAACCUCAACGUGUCUGUUAAGGAUAAAACAUCCGGCUGGAAGGAGACUAAGAGCAUACCAGGCGUCGGUGUUAAAGGGAAGCUGCAGCUUGCCUCGGCGGAGGAGAUGUCUCGGCAAGGAGAGAAGCACAAGUCGGAGGAUGAAGAGCACUUGAAGAGGGCAAGUAUCACGAAAGCAAUGAUGGAGUAUACAAUCAUGAUAAGAGAAAACGCUGCGGCUGGAGACUUUUCUAAAAACGUGCAUUCGGCGUUUGAGGACGCGGUUGGAAAGAUGUUGGACGAGUUAAAGGAGAAAGCAAAGGAGUUUGGAUCAGAAUAUGACACCAAGAAAAGUGCAACUGUUAUGUCCACUUUUUGUGGAAUACCAUUUAGGAAGAAAGAUUGGAUUAGGAAGAAUAAGAAUUGA